UUGAAGAUAAUAAUUUUAGACUUUGGGCAAAAAGUCUUGAUCCUCAGUUUGAAAUACCAUGUGUUAAUACAAUUAAAACCAUUAUAUUUAACUCCUAUAAUUCUACAAUAAACCAAAUUAUAAAUCUUAUUUCAAAAACAUCAGAUACAGUUGUACUUGAUAUAGAAGAGUUGGACGAACAUAAUGCAUCUGAUAUUAUUAAGUCAGUUAAUUUGGUUCUUAAUAAAUUUAAUAUUGAUCAUUCAAAGAUCUUUACUAUUACUACAAAUAACAGUUCAAAUGUCAAAUCUGCAGUGCAACAAUUGAAUAUUACUAACAUAAAGUGUGCUGGACAUACACUUCAAUUAAGUGUUAAUUUGGAUUUAAAGGAAGUUAAUGAUCUUAUUUCAAAAUGUAAAUUACUUAUUGCAAUUUUGUCAAAAGAAAAAAAAUAUAAACAGCUUCAUGAAGCUCAAUUACAAAUUACUUCAGGGUUAAAACAAUCUUUAGAUAUUAUUAAAGAUGUGGAUAUAUGUUGGAAUUCCAUCCUUUAUGCUAUUAAAUGUCUUAUGCAUUUAAAACCUGCCAUUAUACAAUUAUACUCAACUCUUACUAAUCAUACUAUUAGAGAAAUUAGAAAAGAAGCAGAAACUAUGAAUUCUUUUAUUUCUUUUACAAAAGAAUUUGAAUUAUUAGAAGAACUAAUAGAAAUUCUUUUUCUUUUUGAUGAAGGAGAUCCAAGUGAAAAUAUGCAUCAUCAAUUUAAUGAACUUUGUCCAACACCAACCUCUGAUGAUGAUAUUAAUAAUGAUUUGAUUUUAGCAUUUUCACAUUCAUGUAAAAAAUCCAAAAUGUCAACAUUUUUUAUGCAUUUACGAACAGAAAACUCUAAUGUUGAAUUCAAUGAAUUUGACCAGUAUUAUCAACUGCUUGAAAUUUCUCUUGAUGAAGAGCCUUGA